AUGGCGAUGAAGAAAAGUUUAGAUGCAGCGAAGACGUUGAAGCACUUGAAUCCAGAUGGGGAAGAAGACCCCCUCUGCCCCAAAAGAGAGCACCACCACCCAAAGGAGCUGAAGUUGAGCUCAUCUGAAGAUCAAACCAAGGAUGAGCAAAGGUUGUUCAAACCAAAAGCUGGCAGUGUCUUCCCGGCAAAGAAGAGGCCUUCUUCAGCUCCUGCUUCAAACGCCAACAAGGUCAUGAGCAACCACAUUUAUCCAAGCCCACCGCCAUAG